AUGGUCCUCGCACAACCAGAGAACAAGCAUGUGCUGAAAGCCUUCGACCUGACCGGCAAGGUGGCUGCGAUUACCGGUAGACACAUCUACACCUCUGAUGGCCAUGUGGCUGGUGGUGCGCGCGGCAUUGGAUUGGAGGUGUCGAAAGCUCUUGCAGAGGCUGGCGCUGAUAUCGCCAUCAUCUACAGCACGUCUAAGCAUGCAGACACCGUCGCCGCAGAGAUCGCAGCAGCCAACAACGUCCGCGCCGCCGCAUACCAGGCCGACGUGAGAAAUCAGUCCGACAUCGAACGCGCCAUCCAGCAGAUCGCCCAAGCCUUUGGCAAGCUGGAUAUCAUUGUCGCCAACUCCGGUAUCGCCGCCCACCAGCCUGCCGAAGACUAUACUACAGAACAAUGGCGCGAUAUCAUGCAGGUCAACCUCGACGGCGCCUUCUACACGGCGCAGGCGGCGGCGAGGAUCUUCAAGAAGCAGGGUUUUGGAAACGUCAUCUUCACGGCGUCUGUCAGUGCGUCGUUGGUGAAUCUCCCGCAGAAGCAGGCUGCUUACAACGCAUCCAAAGCGGCAGUCGUCCAGCUCGCCAAAUGCCUGGCGGUCGAGUGGGUCGAUUUCUGUCGCGUCAACUGCAUCUCCCCCGGAUUUAUCGAGACGGACAUGCUGGACGUGCAUCCGAAGGAUGGAGGGAAAAGUGGAACAGCAUGGUCCCUGCCAAGAGAUUGCUGCGACGUAUGCUUAGGGGUGAUGGUUUAUAUGCUGACAUCGAUCGUCUAG